GUUUUGACAGAUAAAUUGAAGAAUUUGUUGGUUACGUUAUUUUAAUUCCUAAUACUAAUUGGUUUGGUCUUAAACGCAAAUUGUUUAGAUUUCAAUUAUAUAAAAAUGAUUUCACUCACUAGUGCCUUAAGGGCAGGCAACAAUUUAACAAUUACCAGUAUAUUUAAAAACUCUAUCAGACCAGGUGUUCAGUGUCAACCUGCUGCUGGGUUAAAAAACUACGAAGAAAAAGUGGGACUCCCACCAAAACCAAAAAAACCACUCACCCCAUUCUUUCGAUAUAUCAAACAAGUACGCCCGACUGUUCUAGCCGAGAAUCCAAAUCUAAAAGUUACGGAUGUCAUUAAAACAAUUUCUAAAAAAUGGGAAACGGUUGAUCCUGCACUCAAGCAAAAAUUUCAAGAAGAAUAUCAAAGAGAAAAGAUGGUCUACGUUGAGAUUCGUGCCAAGUAUGAUAGUCAAAUAACCGACGAGCAACGUUUUGCAAUUAAGCAGUUAAAAGACGAAAACAAUGCCAUGAAAGAACGGCGAAUGACUAAAAAACGCAUUGCUGAACUGGAUCGUCCCAAAAAGCCAGCAUCUGCCUUUUUAUUGUUUAUUUCCAAAGCGAGAAAAGAAACACCUCAACCUUCCAAUCAAACUUAUCGGGAAUGGCAUGCCAGCAUGGCUCAAAAAUGGUCCAAACUAAGUUAUGCCCAAAAAGAACCAUUUCUUCAGAUGUUCCGAGACAUGUUGGUCAAGUACAAAGAGGAUAUUACUGUAUGGGAAGAGAAAAUGGUUCGCAUGGGCAACAUGGAUGUCGUUCGACAUGAAGUUCUUGUUGACCCUCCUUCUUCAAAUAGAUCGAAACUAAGAAAAUAGGACAUCAUCACAAGGAAGUAGGGGCGUCUCAUAUCUUCGUUUUUCAUUUUUCUCGUUCGAAAGUAAUAUUUUCACUUUUGUUUUUGUCAUUCCUUUAAUGACGAUUCCUUUAUUGUUUCUUUGUAUAUUUAUAAAGAAAAUAAUAAACUAGUUGACUGAA